CGAGGUUGAUGGACGGUUUGACUUUCUUCAGUUCCACGAAAAAGUCAUCGAAAGAUUUUGCCUACCACCUGAUGCAGAAGUUACAUACAAAGAUGCCACUGGUACAGAAGUUGAUGGAGAAAUAUUCAGCGACCUCGUUGGACAAGGAAAUGUGGUGCUGACAGUUUUGUCAAAUGAUGAAUUUUCUGAUUGGUCCUUGUCGUCGUCUUCUUCUGAGACAUCUGACUCAAGCUCCAGCUCAUCAACUAUAAUCAUAGAUGAGGUCCCUGGCAAGAAACAAAGACUUGAUGAUACAUGUGAUGCAGAGUCUGCCAAACAGUUGAUUGAAACUGUGCUACGAAGCAAGUCCGGUGGUGAAGCAGUACUACAAGAGUACCAAACUACAAAAACCCUCACUGAUGCCACAAGAAGACAAAUGGUCAACAUACUCGUGGGUCACAUGGUUGAUAAGCAUGGGCACCUCCCCACUAAAGCAAUCAGAGAAGAGUAUGCUCUCGGGAUAGUGAUGCUGUUCCCUUCCCUCAAGGAUCCAUAUGCCAAGAAAGGCUAUGAACACUUCUAUGAUGCUGCCAGCAGCACAGGAUACAUUUCUUGGCGUCUGAAAACAGUCCAAAGGAGGAUUCGUCGAGGAUCUGUACUACCACCAAGCAGUUCUGUUGCCGUUUUUCCAGGAGGUCCAAAUUUCCAAAGGACAGUUAAUGUCGAAAGGCAGCUCGAUGGGGAUGACUGCCAAGAGGCCAUAUCCUUGCUCAACCAUACUGCAGACAAUUUCCAGAUUCUCCAGAAGAUGAGAGAGACCUUUCAGCACCGGCAGAAGCUUGUUAAUGAUCCAGGCAGGAGUGAUGAUAUCCUCUCAACAUUCCCAAGAUUCCUGGAUACAAAAGGAUUGGUGGAACAAGACUUCACUCUCCUAUUUGGUGACGAGACAUCCUCCAGGCUGCUUCAGAAAUGGGAUGUGUUCUUCAAGCCAAAUAUCAUACAAGAAGCUAAACAGCUCACUUCAACUCCGGAGUUGCGUCGCUUGAUAAGAUUAGAUAGCCAAUCGCAUGAUAUGAAGUUUACUAAAAACCCUCAAUUUGUCUCAGAAGUGUCGUGCCAAGGUGGUUACCCCUGACAGAAAGUGUUUUCCCAGAAAAACAAUAAAAAAAUAAAAAAUAAUUUCAGCAAUAUCCAAAAGCGAUCAUACAUUGAUUGUAAGGAAAAAAUACAAUGUUAUUGUCUACAAUGCGGCAUUAAGUUUAAUGUACAUUUCAAGUCAAGUAGAUGUAAUUGAGUAGUGUUAAACUGAUUACAAUGAUCUUGAUUUUACAGUAUCGACGGCGUAGAUAUUAGUAUAUGCAGUUUCCUUACAAAAAGUUAGAGCGGGUCUGGAUCCAGCUUUUAAAAAGUAACUUAACACGGAUGACCAAGAAAUCAACUCCGUGGUCAGUUAUCACAUCAUCAGACUAUCGCAAAAUAAAUGUUUGCUUUACGAGGGAAAAUAUAUAACUAGUCGUCUUGUUUAGACCUUCAGUGGAAUGAAUAAGAAGUUCGAUAACAUGUAGGCCUAACAUUAGCCUAACGUUACAGAAGAAUAAAAGCCUUUAUUUUGACAGAUAAGCCAAGUGCUAGCUUGCUCUGCAAAAAACUUGUUCAUAAAACAACAAUACUAAAACGUUCGAUUAAACAAUCCCUGAGUUAUAUUUUUCAUUUACUUUGGUGAAGUCGAAGGUCUGCUUUGCUGAAUGCACACACGGUCACGCAACCGGGGGAACACUUUCUGUCACCGAGAAACGUCACUUAGCUUUUGCUCCAGAGUCGAAAAACUCGGUGCCCAGCAGUGAUUUUAUUCACGUCACUAUUUUUACUAGGUAUAUUCCCCAGAUUUUAAUCUCUGUAAACUAACUCUUACAUCAUUGUUUCAUUAUAUUAAUACAUUAGUAUUGCAAUGCAGUCAAACUUAAAGUAACGUAAUUUUAAGCUAGGUGGGAAAAGGCGCCAGUUCACAAAAUCAAUUCUGACAAGAAACUUGACAAUACAAACUCUGUCCCACUGAAAAAAAAAUAAAACUUACAAAGCUUACUAACUAACUAACGUUCUUAUAGCCAAAAUUGAUAUACAUUUUCCUUACCUCUGCUCACGGUCACUGUCCACCAAACUUGUAACCGUCGACGUACAGAUGAAAGGUGUCUGACAGGCAACUUACUCCUCUAUCUUUCCGCUGUAAGACCACAGAGCGGAGGAGUGGCCUUACAGUGAUUGGCUAGAAAUGUGUUUCAAAUUUGUUUGAAGAUAGACCUGCAACUAUGUAUGUAAAAAAAUGCGAGCAAGUCAAGUUAUUUCAAAAUCUACAAUUUUAUGAAAAUUUAUUUAAAAAGUUAUUAUUGUUAUUAAAUUCAUUCAUCGUAUUAUUAUCAUUAUUAUUGUUUAUUAUUAUUAUUAUUAUUAUUAUGUUAGAGAUAGUGUCUAAAAUCCAGAGGCAGGAAUGCUAUUGGUCCGUGAUACUUUUUUCCUGAAGGACAGAUUAAAAGAAAAUUAUUGGUGAUUAAGGGAUGUUCUGGAUGGUGUAUAAUAUGUAUGAUUAACAUGGGCCAAUGCCACUCAACCCCUUAUGGCCAGGAACACUGAAUACACAGUAGAUAUUUUAAUUGAUCUUUAUUAUAUGGUUUCUUAGCAAAUUAAAAAGGGGUCCCUUCACUGUGCUACUAUCCCCAAAUGAACGCAUUGAAAUUAAACAUAAUAAGCGUAAUGUCCCAACCAUUAUCCUUGAUAGAUUAGGUAAAAUCUACUUGAGGUUUCAAUGUGAUUCACCAGUUAUUAAAACUUUAUCAUCUGUGCUUGAUCACCAAGCCACCAAAACAGCUUACCUAGGAGGUCCCUCACAACACCCAAGCCAUCCGUGAACCAGAAGAGGUAAGUAGGUAAUUGCCUGUCAUGUAUAAAGCAAAUUUGCUCCAAAAACACCAAAAGACAAAAGAAAUAUUUAUAACUGCUUUACUUUAACCAAGCAGUCUAGGAAAGGUGGCCUAGUAGCUCACUUGGUACAGCCCUGAAGAAACAACUUCAAAUUUGGUAAUGGAGCUCUUGAGCAUUAGAUGUUGAAUUACUGAUACCCAAUCUCUCACGCACGACCGUGUGAGGUCCCUAUUGAAUUUGCUAAGAUUAUUAGGGCCCGAGCACGACCGUGCGAGGUCCCUAUUGAA